CCACAUUAAACAGCCGCUCGACAUUGCACGUGUUUGUAAAAGCAAAAACUUCCACUAGGCUACACAGAAAUAAACAAAAAGUCACAAAAUGCAGCACGACGAUGUCGUUUGGAGCAUUAUAAACAAAUCUUUCUGUUCGCACAAAGUCAAAACGGACACGCGUACGUUUUGUCGACAUGAAUACAAUUUAACGGGUUUAUGCACGCGUCGCACCUGCCCGCUGGCCAAUUCACAAUAUGCCACUGUGCGUGAGGAGAAGGGCAUUAUCUAUCUGUUCAUCAAGACGGCGGAGCGUGCGCAUAUGCCCAGCAAGCUGUGGGAGCGCAUUAAGCUGUCGCGUAACUUUGAAAAGGCCAUAGAACAGAUCAAUGAGAAUCUGGUGUUUUGGCCCAAGUAUAUGAUAUCGAAGAAUAAGCAACGUUUUCUCAAGAUCACACAAUAUCUAAUGCGCAUGCGUAAGCUAAAACUGCGACGACAGAAGCUGAUAGUGCCGCUCUCGACGAAGAUCGAGCGGCGAGAAUCGCGACGUGAGCAAAAGGCGCUCAUUGCAGCAAAGAUUGAUAAUCAUAUUGAGAAGGAGCUGCUGACGCGUCUCAAAGUGGGCACGUAUAAGGAUAUAUACAAUUUCUCACAGACGGCGUUCAACAAAGCGCUGGAGGCAGAGCAUGUGGAUGAUGAGGAGGAGGAGGAAGACGAGGAAGAGGAUGAAAUGGAGCAAGAGCGUGAGGAAAUGGAUGAAGAUGCGGCAGAGCUGCGACAUGCCCUCAAUGAAACAGAAGAAUUUGUGGAAGCAGACAGCGAUGAUGACGACGACGAAGAAGAUGAUGAUGAAGACGACGACGAUGAAGAUGAAGAUGACUAUGAAAGUGAUUCGGGUCAACGCGAACAGGUCGAAAUGGACAGCGACUUUGCGCAGUCUGAUGACGACAAUGAAGGCGAUGAUCAAGAUAUUGAGGAUACCAAUGUGCCAGCGAAAAAAUCCAAGAAGCAGCCAAAGGGUCCACUAAAGCCGCCAACAACAAUAACAGUAAAGACACGCACUCGCACCAAGCCGAAACUGAAAGUGGAAUAUGAAAUGGAAUAUGAGGCGGCCGCGUCGAGCAAAAAUCGUCAUUAACGAGGUACACAUACAUAUAAACACAGUUGUAUGUGUGAGCGUGGGCAGCGGCGACACAUUUAAAUUAAUAAACAUACGUUGUUUUUUUUAAUGUAUAGAAACUAAUUAAAUAUAAUGCAAAUUUAUAAGGAACUCUUAAGUGUGUGCGCUCUCUUUGAUUUGAGCAUGAGAGCGAGAUAGCAAUAUGCAGCUAUUGCGCUCCGAGCCGUGUGCAAUGCGCUCGCUGUAUGUGUGUGAACUUGACAUUGAGUGGCGGCUUU